AUGUCAGAUGACUGGCACCAAGUACAACCAGUAGUUCGCCAUGGCUCAAGACCACAGAUAGUCAAUGCAACGCUGAAAUCAUCAUAUCUGUGGGAGCAUGUUUAUGUGCUCAGACUGACAAGAAACAUGAGGGUUUUGCUUACAGGUGAGACUGCUGAUUUCUCCAACUAUCUACUGAACAUUGGUGAUGACAAACACAACGUAUGCAAGCAAAUCGGGGAGUUUGCGAUAAAACUGCCAGAUGACAUCACAGUAAAGAGCGAACAAGAGUUGAUAAAUUUUGUCUUCGGUAAUUUGCAGUCUAACACAAAUCCUGACUGGCUGGCUUCCCGCUGCAUCAUCUGUCCCUCCAACACAGAAGUAGACAGAAUCAACAACCUGAUCAUGCAGUCCUUUCCCAGAGAAGAAAAAGUCUACAGGAGCAGUGAUUCGGUGGAAGAAAAUGAACACCAAUACCCCAUCGAAUUUAUCAAUUCUCUUUGUCCGUCAGGUAUGCCACCUCACAAACUGACAUUGCGGAAAGACAGCAUUGUCAUGUUGCUGAGAAAUCUGGAUCCCACAAACAGCCACUGCAACGGGACUCGAUAUGUGGUUCAACACCUUCAUCAACAUGUGAUUGAUGCUGUCGUUGCUGGCGGUCCACAUGCCGGAAAGAGACUUUUCAUCCCAAGAAUUCCGCUCAUGCCUUCAGACAACAUAAUAUUUCCCUUCCAUAUGCGACGGAAACAAUUUCGGUUAGACCUGCUUUUGCAAUGA